AUGAUGGCAAAUCCCUAUACGUGUGAAGUCCAAUUGGACGAACUGAGUCCGGAUCACGCCAUUAUUGAUUUCGCUUACAUAUCCGAGGAGAAUUUCGUUCUUGUUGUCCUUCUAGCGUCAAGCGGCGAUGUGCAGACAUAUUGCGAAGUUGCAAACGACAAGCCUCGACGGAGUUUGACACAGAGGCUUUCCCUCUACCAUCAAUACGUUGAACCUGUCUCUGUUUGUUUGGGGCCAGAAGCAACGUUCGUCGUUUUUGGUCUAGCUGAUGGAAAUAUACUCCUCACUCCAAUCAAAACAUUAAUGGAUGUGCCAUGGGGAAGCUCACGUUGGUUACCAGAACAUACGUCAAUUCUCGUACCACUUCCUAACGCAAGAACGGAUCAGUGCCUUGUCACCCCUACGUGUAUGCGAUGUUUCGUAACGAGGAAUCCGCCUCGUCCUCUGCUAGUUUUUGCUAACAAGGUAUUUUAUUCACUUAUCGGGUUCCUGGUGUUUAAUAUGUAUUAUGAGCGAAAGACCCAAAGAUCGGUUUCAUCUCCAUGCAUUCUAAGGGUAUCUUGCUUCUCGAAGCGAUCAUUCGAUGCGUAG